AUCAGUUCACUGCCAAUUUUCUAAUAAGAAACUAACAGAAAAAUAAAACAUAAAUUAUCAAGAAAUCAUGAUGAAGAUCGUCUUGUUGUUUGCUAUUGUCGCUGUGUCAUCAGCACAUCUCAUCCCAAGUGGAUAUAAAUUCACAGCCCUUCACCCAGUCGAAUAUAUUAAAUACGAACCAAAAACCGAAUGGGCACCAAAAACCGAAUGGGCACCAAAAGCAGAAUGGGCACCAAAAGCAGCUGCCGGAUGGGAAUCAUGGGCACCAAAAGCUGAAUGGAAAGAACCAGAAGCACCAGCAAAUUAUGACUUCAAAUAUGAAGUUCAUGAUGAAAAGACUGGCGACCUUAAGAGACAAUCAGAAACUGCCAAGAAUGGAGCCGUCAAAGGUCAAUACUCUUUGAUCGAUUCUGAUGGAUUCAAACGCAUUGUUGACUACACUGCUGAUGACAUUCAUGGAUUCCAAGCCACAGUCAAACGUGAACCAACCCACUACAAAAUCCCAAUCCCAGCUCCUAAAUACGAAGAACCCAAAACCGCUCAUUGGUGGUAAUUCCGUGAUAAAACUCCAUCCAUACGCUUCAGGUUUCUGUAAAUAAAAGCAAAGUUCUCAUGCUAUGGCUCAUGCCAUUUAGUGAAUAAGUUUUGAUGCCAUCAAACUUAAGUCAAAUAAAAUUGUGAAAGGAUUUUUUUUAAUCUCAAAAUCUAAA